UUGGUGUCGACACGACUGUGUUAGCGGAGCAAGUUAAAGAUUUCGUAGGCAUAUAAAUAAUCCCGAGUGACAAUGUCGGGGGAUAAAAUAAACAUAUUUCCUUCACGAGGAGCCCAGACACAGAUCAAGGCUCGCCUUGCGGGUGCAGUCAAAGGCCACUCUCUCCUCAAGAAGAAAGCUGAAGCUUUGCAAAUGCGCUUGAGGCAAAUUCUUGCUAAACUUAUUGAGUCCAAAACUCUGAUGGGCGACUUGAUGAAAGACGCUGCCUUUUCCUUAGCCGAAGCUAAGUUUGCAUCUGGCGGGGAUUUCAAUCAAAGCGUCCUUCAGAAUGUGACACAUGCUCGUCUUAAAGUCAGAAGCAAAAUGGACAAUGUUGCAGGUACUAAAUUGCCGGUGUUCGAAAGUUUCGAAGACGGCGUUGACAAUUAUGAGCUGACUGGAUUGUCUAGGGGUGGCCAACAAAUGGCAAAACUUAAGGCAAGCUUCAAGAAGGCCAUUGAGCUCCUCAUUGAACUGGCCGGCCUCCAAGCUUCCUUCAUUACCUUGGACAUCGUUGUCAAAAUGACAAACAGGAGAGUCAAUGCCAUUGAACAUGUAAUUAUCCCUCGAUACGAGCGCACUCUGAAAUACAUCAUCUCAGAGUUGGACGAGCUGGAGCGAGAAGAGUUCUACAGGCUUAAGAAGAUCCAAGCAAAAAAGAAGGUGGUCCGUGACCGUAAGGAAAAGGCCGCUGCCGAAGCUAAAGCUGAAGGUUUGCUAAGGGAGCAAGAAGAGGUACCAAAUCUCAUUGAUGACAACGAUGACGAUGAUAUACUGUUCUAAAUAGCGUUCUUUGAUUCUGUGUUGCUCGUUCGCAUUCUUCCCAGGCUAGUCACGGCAUCAGAGUCUCCUUUUUUGCGCUUUCGUUCAUUAAACAAGCAAUAUAGUCGUUUCUUAUUGUAAGAAGUGCUGUAUUAAAAAAUUUAAUCGAACUUUCUUCAACAAAAUUUACUGUCUUGUGAUAAUUUAAGUACUAGCCUCAUGAUCUUUCUUUUGCGAGAAGCUACAUACAUUUUUCCGAUGAAUGAAAGGUUACACAUAGUGCGAGUCUUCAAAUGAUUUGAUCAAAUCGAGUACGAACGUGAAUAUUUAUUUCAUAGCUCCGCCCUCGCAAGAAAAAAUUUCAGGUUCAGUCGACUUGUGUUGUGCGUUUCUAGCCUGUGAAGUUACCGUCGAAGAUUGAUAUUAACGAUCAUUCCACGUGUUGUAUGUGGUGCUGUUUGUAACAAUGUCUCGAGAAUCCUAGCUUGUCUUGCUCCAAAAUUAGUAACUUGAAGUAAGGUAAGGAAGAAUAAUAAGUAAUAACUAGAAUUUUUCAGUUUCCAUUAUUAUAUUUCCGGAUGUUGAGGACGUAUAGAAACAAUUUUAUAGAAAAGUUUGGUUCGUUGAUGGUGCGAGUCAUUUUGUUGGAUGAAUCUUUAUUGAUAUUAUUUAUUCCACGUGUUAGCAAUUGUAAAUAAGUUGGAUAUUGGAUUUAUGGAUAUUAUACCCUAGUGUAUCA